AAUAAGUACAACGGGUGAAUGAAAUAAAAAGAUUGUAACGAAGUUUUCUUGGAAAGUUGCUAUUUUUACUACUUGUGCUUUGUCCUCUUAUAAUUUCGCUGCACGUCAGUUUAAGAAAAUUGUUAUGACAUGGUUUUGUAGAGAAUUCAAUAAGGAAUCUUUUGGAAAAAGAUUUGGAUCGAUAGGAUAAAAGCCGGCGGAGUUAUAUUCAAAAUACGGGAGUGCGUUUAUUUAUGCGCCACCCGUUAGAUUUUAACUUGCUUUAUAGGCAGAAUAAAACUUAAUGAUUUCCUUAUAUUCCAUAUUGAUCUCAUGUUUUUGCUGUUCUAGUUUGGACGAUCUCGAAUAUCAAGAUAUUUGAGUAAAAUUGAUGAAGAUCAACAGAAUACAACUGUACAAUCGGUCGAAAACGAACAACAGUAUAGACGACAAACCGAAAUCAUACCGACACACAUAACACAGACGUCGGAUAUAACAAAUACGGGAAGACCGGUCAGUGAAUAUACUGAACAAUCCUCAACAACGACAAGAGCCACCGAAGAUAGUGAACGUCGUAUUACGGAAAUACAUACAGCUCCAGCAGCUCGAGUCACCGAUCGUAUAUCACGUUUUGAUACUGAUGACCAACAACAACAAUCUCAAAGAGGAACGUUUUUAACAAUGCAAACAAUCGAUACACGUCGGCAAAUGUAUGAAGAUAUAGGAAAACAGACUACACCUUAUACAUCAAUUGAUGUAGAAGUAAGAGAAAAACAACCAUUACGUUAUCAUUCACAAACCGGUAUGAUAUCGUCAAUUGAUUCGGAUGUAUCUGUGGGUGGUCCAUCAUCGCCUCCAAAAUAUCAUAGUACACCGAAAUCAAAAGUUAACUUAGAUUUGUAUAAAAAUCCGGAUGGAAAUGAAUCCGAAGAUGAAUUGAGCGAAAGAGAACAGCAACGAACAACAAUUGUCACUGGAAUAACAUCAUCGAUGAAACAAAGAAAUUUAAGAGAUAUUUCUAGUAGUACACAGGAUCAAGCGACAACAUUCAAUGAAACAAAUAUGGAAAACUUAUUGUCUCAUGUCCCCAUCAGUAAAGGUAAAGGAUUACUAAUUGAAUUAUCACCGCAUGUAUCCGACACUCAACCCACAAAAUCAUAUUUGAAACCAAUCAGCUCUGAUAGUGGUAUAUUUGAAUAUUCAACAGCGACAAGUAUCGGCCGACCAUCAUCUCAGUUCUUAAGUGAUAAUGCUGCUAACAUCAGAGAUAGUGGCAUCUAUGUCGAUCAGACAUCAGCAAGUUCAAGAUCACGUCGUCUUCAUACAUCAGAUACAGAUCUGACAAGUUCUGAAUACGGUCAACAUCAGCAACAGAUCGAAAUUGAUAAAGGUCUGUCAAAAUCCACCUAUAGAUAUGAAACUGAUAUUUUACAACCAAAGCAACCAGUACGAGCUACAGAUGAACAACGAAAUGUCCGACGUCAUAUAAAAGGAUCCUUUUCUACAUUAGAUACUAGUACAACCCCUGGUACAUUGUCCGAUUAUGAUAAUUUAGCUAAUUAUCGUUCUGGUUCUACAAACGCAAUUACCACUGCACGCAUUCCAACGAAACAAGUGCCAAUAACAACACAAUCUCGUGCAAAACCCGUUAUACUAAAUGAAAUUGAAACCAUUGAAACCGAGACGCAUGUCCAAUUUGAAAUGAAUCGAACACGAGAAAUAAAAGAAUCAACGAAAACUGAAUUGGCACCCAAAGUUGGAUCAAAAACAACUAAAAUAACCACCACCAGUACUAACACAACUCGUAUACCAGAUAGUUUAUCGGAUGAAACAAUGAAAACAUCAAAAAGGGUUUUACUUAAUGAAAAACCACAAUAUUAUAAUGAUCAAUCAAAAAUAAGUCGUAUUUCUCCUGAAACAUAUAUCUCAUCAAGACCGAUUACAACUGAAAUUCGUCAAACUUAUAAAGAAAGUGGCACGCAUCGUUUCGGUUUACCAACAUCUGAAACUGUUAUACAUGAAACGCGAAGACAUCCAUUAUCACAAUCAUCAGAAAUUGUUCAAGAACACUCAUCGCAACAAGAAGAGCCCGUGAGAAUCGAAGAAACAUGGUUUAAACCCAUUCAGCGAGAUCGUUCUCAUGAUAAUUUGGUAACAGUGUCCACAUCCGAAAGACAACGUCAUUAUCCACAACGUUCCGCCGUUCGAACGAGUAGUGCUGGUCCACAUUCCAUGCAAGUAACAAGCCUCUCAUCCGACAGCCAGGUCACAUUUGGUAAAUACGAUAGUAAUGAAAUAAUCGCUAUUGUUCGAGUACCAGAAAUGAAUCAACAGCAAAAUCUCACACUACCUACAACUGUUGCUCUUCCUAGCACACAGAUCGAUCAUAACGUCCAUACAUCCAUCCAGUUACAACCAACUAUUAGACAAACAUCAAUGAGUGAACCAGAAUUAUACACGAGAGUAAGACAAGAAGUAGAACAACAACAAUCUUCACCAAAACAUCUUCAACAGCAACAAUUAGUAACAACAAGUUACAUACCAACAGCUGAGAAACAAAAUCGCACAACAUAUGAACAUUUACAAACAUCGCAUCAAAAUGAUGUAAAACGUGAUUUAAGAUUUGUGGAUCAAGAAACUAAGUCAUCAAUCAUAUCCGGAGAGCCAACAAGUGGAAGACGAUCAAGAAUGGACCCGUACGAUAUUACAAAUGAAUAUAGUCAUAUAACUCCUCCAUUAUCCCCCCCACGUUCAUUAUCCUAUCAUUCCACCAUACAUGAACAACAACAAUAUCCCACUUCAUCUUCCAAUCUCCGCCCACAUUCCUUACAGAGUCAUCAUCGGUCAGGUAGUUUAGGAAACUUAUUUGGUCAAAAUCUUGAGUUUGAAAUUGAAAUUGAGAAAAGACCUCCAAAUCAACCUGAGAGACCAACUGUUGUCAAAAUGGAUCAGGCAACAAAUGCAAUCGUGACAACAAGCAAAGACGGUCGAGUAUCAGUUCAAAAUGUGGUUGCUCGUCCAGGAAAUACAGUUGUAAUAAACAGUGAUUUUCAUUCAUCUGAUCGUUCUCUGAAUCGUUCAUCUGGCUAUUUCUCAUCAGAUGAAUUACGUUCUCAAGGCGUAAACACAAAUUAUUCAAGUGACGAACAGUCAGGCGCUUCUAAUAAUCCACCAUCAUUGUCCACAAAUAUUCACCAACAAGGACAAAAACAACAGACGCAUAUCCGUCGUUAUAACGCUAAGUCUACACUUACAUCAGGAGCAGAUAAUUACGGAAAUUUAACUACAAAUAUGGCAAGUCGUUUACCAUCACACUAUCGUUCGAAUGUUGACAAUGUUGAAAAAAUAAAUCAAAUAUUAAAUCAGUUUGAUAACGGAAGCGGGACAACGUCAGCCUCGACACCUGGUAAUACGACAACUGGAUUUACUGAUGCUAUUGCUCAAAUAGAUGCACUUUAUAAUAAUCUUGAUAUUGAUAAUGAUCCAUUAAAUAAAACUGAUACAAGAGAACGUUAUUUACCUAAUCGUCAGGGGACGGCAACAAUGAAUGAAAAUUACAAUAUAGCAACUUCACCAACACCUAAAAUUUCAACAUCUACAUAUGAUUUUAAUAAAUCGAGUAAGGAACAAUAUGGUCAACGAUUGGCUCAACCAAAUCACGUUGACUUAACUGAAAAACGAUCAAAUAAUUCAAAUACAAUGAGAAAUAGUCCUGAUAGUAUUGGGCAUCAACGAUAUUCAUCAACCGGUUUUCAACACAUUCCAAAUGAGCAUGACACUCUAACUAAAGGGUUAAAUAGUAUGGUUCCAUUAAUUCAUGCAUCAUCAUCAUCAUCAUCAUUAAAUGCUCCAUUUUCACGUUCAUCAAAUUCCACACUUCAAUAUUUAAUCGCUCCACCAAGUCAUUUGGCAUCAUCUUCAUAUAAUUCACCUUCUCAUAUUUAUCAACAGAAACAAUAUCGACAUCUUCAUAAUGAGGAUGAUAAUCAACGUUCAUAUUCACAAACUGAUUUACGUCCAUCAUCAUUUGAAUAUAAAUCACAAAAUGAGAAUAGUAAUAAUAAUAAUAACAAUAUCAACAGUGAACAAUCAUUAUGGCAAUCGAAUACAUUAAAAACAUCUUUAAAUAAUUCUCUCGUCGUUAAUAAUCAAACAAUAACACCUAUAUAUUCACGAUCACUUUCCUCGUCUGGUAUUGUCGCUGAUCAUGGUAGUAGUCCAACAAAUUAUUAUUCAUCAUCAUCAACUUCUCAACCAUUUAUUUUACAACAAAAUCGAACAAAUCAACAACAACAACAAGUACACAGAAAUAGAACAUCUGUUAAAAUGGUUAAACAAAAAGAUGCAGCAAAAAAACGUGUUUCUCUUGAUAAUCAAGAGAUAUAUAGUGAAGACGAGGAUUCAGGUGAUUCUCCAUUGUCUGAUAACGAUAGACAUCAACAUUUCAAUGAAAUGACCAAUACGACCGCAUUCAAUCAUCUUAAUAAUAAUCGACAACAGUAA